UUUAGACAUAGACGAAUGUAAUGUCCAAGGAAGCUGUCAUCCAAAAGGCACCAACUGCGUCAACACGCCGGGUGAUUUUUUUUGUCAGUGUGAGAAAGGUUUCAAGAAGAAAAAUGAAUCCUCAGAUGUAAAGAGGGAAGGAUGUAUAGGUGUUUGUGAGGGUGAUCCGUGCGGUAGAUAUGGAAACUGUAGUCUGAAAGGAUCAGAUGCUUAUACUUGUAGUUGUAAAGAUGGAUAUUUUGGAGAACAUUGUGAACAAACUAUCCCAGUAGCGAAACCUGAAGAUAGAAACACAGAUGCUAAGGUGCUGAUGGUAGUUGUUGUGGUGCUUGGAUCUGUUCUCUUCCUCGCUUUAAUGUUCCUCGUCGCUUUCAGAGUUAAGAAGCAGCGAAGAAGAAAUGAUCUUCCAACUAGAGAACCACAAUUGGUUGACGAUCGUCUACAUGAAAGAAGAACAAAUCUACCACCAACGAAUGUUUCCAACUGGAAUUUACUGUCUCGGGAUCCAUAUUAUCCAACAGAGAGCGAUUCCUCUCCACCUUCUCAGGAUUUAGAAUCAUAUCCUGACCGAAUUUCCGAAUCCUAUCAGCACCAUGUUCGAGAUACUGAUCACGAUGAAAUGCCGCCUUUAUCCUUCACCGGAGUUCGUGGACGUUCUAACCCUCUCUUUGUUAAGGAGAGUUUACCGAUAGAAUCGGGCGACCACGUAGACCUUUUAAUUCCAGAGGUGGAUUAUGAUGAUUCUAUGAUUAUGACCUUAGGUCCCACUGCAGCUGACAUUAGAAAUGUACUGCCUUUUGGGCCUUUACCACGUGAGCCCUUACCUGAUUACCCGGAUUCAGACUACAGCGACACCUACAGUCAAAGAGCUUAUUGCCCAGUAAGUUAAAUUAUUACGG